GCCAAAGAGCUUACCUCAGUGGUGAAGUCAGCCUGUGUUCACUUGAGCUUUGGUCAUGCCUGGAGCGUUGGGUAUUGGACUACUGCUGCUGUGGGGCAGCGCUUGCCUUUGGCUGGCCAGCCCGGCCCAGGGAGACCUUCUCAUCCCAGGACAGGAUGGACCUUUCAAGGAGACAGGAGAUCCUGCUAGGACACAGCAGAAAAGAAGUACAGCAGAUGUCACGGUGGAGGUGUAUAGUGUGACGGUGGACUGCACGGUGACGUCGCGUUUCUCUCACACCGUCAUGACCUCCAAGGCUCUCAAUAAAGCCAACGUCUCACAGGAAAUCUUCUUCGAGGUCGAUCUUCCAAAGACGGCCUUCAUCACCAACUUUAGCAUGGAAAUUGAUGGUCAAGUUUAUGUCGGAGAGGUGAAGGAGAAAGAGAAAGCCAAGAAACAGUAUGAGAAGGCGGUUUCUUCCGGAAAGACUGCUGGACUGGUCAAGGUUUCCGGGAGGAAAAUGGAGAAGUUUUCUGUGUCUGUCAACAUUGCAGCACAAAGUAAUGUCACUUUUGUUUUGACCUAUGAGGAGCUCCUUCAAAGGAAACAGGGCCAGUAUGAGAUUCUGACCCGAGUGAAACCCAAACAACUUGUCCAGGAGUUUCAGAUUGUGGCAAACAUCUAUGAGCCUCAAGGCAUUAACUUUGUUGAUGCCCAUGCAACUUUCCUCUCCAACGAUCUGCUCCCCCUGGUGGAGAAAACUGUCUCAGAAAAGAAGGCACACAUUUCCUUUUCACCAACUCUGGAGCAGCAGAGGAAAUGUCCAGGUUGUGAUGGAAGUCUGAUCGAUGGGGAUUUUCUCAUCAAGUAUGAUGUGAACCAUGACACCCGCCUCGGGGAAAUUCAGGUUGUCAAUGGAUACUUUGUGCACUUCUUUGCCCCACCCGGCCUGCCCAGGGUGCCAACAAAUGUAGUGUUUGUCAUUGAUCGAAGCGGCUCAAUGUACGGAACUAAAAUCCAGCAGACACGAGAGGCAAUGCUCAAGAUCCUUCAAGAUCUCAAGGAGGAUGACUACUUUGCCCUCAUCCUGUUUGAUGACAAAAUUGUUAGCUGGAAGAAAACACUAAUCAAAGCCACAAAGGAGAAUGUGGCUGAAGCCAUGUCUUACAUCAGGAGGUUGUCUGAUAGAGGAGGCACCAACAUAAACGACGCAGUGUUGAAAGCUGUGGAAAUGUUACUGACAGACAAGGCACAGAACAGGGUCCCAGAGAGAAGCAUCGAUAUGAUCAUUUUACUCACGGAUGGGAUGCCGAAUGAGGGUGAGUCCAACCCCCACAGGAUUCAGGAGAAUGUGCGCUCUGCCAACAAUGGAAGCAUGUCUGUGUUCAGUCUGGGAUUUGGAAAUGAUGUGGACUACUCCUUCUUGAAUGUGCUGAGCCAACAAAACAAGGGACUGGCUCGCAGAAUUUUCACGGGCUCAGAUGCAGCUCUUCAACUCCAGGAUUUCUAUGAGGAAGUGUCCAGCCCACUACUUUCAGAAGUGAAUGUACGUUACCCGGACAAUGCAGUGGACUUCCUCACCACCAACCACUUCAGCCAGUUGUUUAACGGCUCAGAGAUUGUGGUGGCUGGUCAUCUGACAGACAACAACCUGGACAACUUCCUGGUGGAAGUUAUUGCCCAGGGGUGUGAAGAGAAUUUCCAAGUACAGGGCAAGGCCAGUGCUCUGGACUGGGGCACUAUUUACCCAGAUGAAGAGUACAUCUUUGGGGAUUUCACGGAGCGCCUAUGGGCGUACCUCACCAUCCAGCAGCUCCUGGAGAAAAGCAAGAGUGGCAGUCAGGACGAGAAAAGUAACGCCACAGCCAAGGCCCUGGACAUGUCCCUGCAGUACAGUUUUGUCACCCCUCUCACCUCCAUGGUGGUCACCAAGCCUGAAGAUGAGGACAAACCAGACAGCACCCUCAUCGCUAAUAAACUGACUGAGGAGGAAAGACAACAGGCAGAACGAACUGGACAUUAUUCCACUUUAAGCACACCCUCCUAUCGCUUCACCAGUGCAGCACCAACAUAUCUCGUGGAUGGAGAUCCUCAUUUCAUCAUAGAGCUCCCAGACAGAGAUGAUGCUCUGUGCUUCAACAUCAAUGACCAACCAGGGACGAUUUUCAACCUGGUUAAAGACCCAAAGUCAGGUGUUUUGGUGAAUGGCCAGAUCAUUGGAGACAAGCAAAUUCCUCCCGAUGGCAAAAUCAACACCUACUUUUGGCGUUUUGGCAUCAUUCAGCAAAGGUUAGGAGUGAGAUUGGAGGUGAGCACUAAAAGCAUCUUAGUGCUCCAAGACGGCAAGCGGGUGAGGUUGCAGUGGUCUAACACAACAACCCUCAAAAGAGACAACAUGGAUCUUCUUUUGACCAAGGACCGCAGCCUAACGGUUACUCUAAAAGAUUCUGUCAAGUUUGUGGUCCUGCUACACAAGGUGUGGAAGAACCACCCGUACCACCAGGACUAUUUGGGCUUCUACACACUGGACACGCACCUGCUGUCCCCGUCCGUACACGGCUUGCUAGGUCAGUUUUACCAUGGGAUUGAAUAUGAGGUCACAAACGUGCAUCCAGGAGAAGUCCCAGAGAAACCAGAUGCCACCAUGUAUGUCAAAGGACAGGAGCUGAAUGUGACCAGAGGCUGGCAAAGAGACUUCAGGAGAGAUGUGAAGAACGGAGAGAACGUUCCCUGUUGGUUCAUUCAUAAUAACGGAACAGGUCUCAUUGAUGGAGAUGCCUCAGACUACAUUGUGUCUGGCCUCUUCAAAACAUUUUAGAAAUGAAAGUUUUGACUCAGAAAAGUGUCAAAAAACGUCACUGUCUUUCCCCAUAAAUGACAAAAUUCAGGUCCAAGAAGUAUACUACACACAUGGAUGGCAGUGUUAUCCACAUCAGUGUGUCUUGAUUUUCUUUUUACAGUUUAUCACAUUAUUCCCCAGCAUUACACAGGUUAUUCUACCCUUUUUGGGUCUAACCAGUCAACUUUUCCACAAUAAACGGAGAGCUUCCAUGUUUAGAUUGUGUUUUCUUUUACAUCUGGCUUGAACUGUUUGCCCCUCAUAAUUGGCUUAAGUGGUAUCAAUCAUUUUCUUCUUUGGUCUGUAGAGAGUUGACCCACGGAUCUGCAUUGUUAUUUAUCCCAAAAAGUACAAAUAGUGCAAUUUACACAGGAUUUCCCUGUUGCAUAGUAAAGUUUCAUUGUCUUGGAUUCAAAUCUACCCAUCUGAAAUCAUGCAUGGAAUGGACAAGUCUAGAUUUGACGUCAGGUGAUGAAACCUUCCAUGCAUUCUUCAUCCCGUCCCGCACAAUAUUUUCCGGAAAACACUCGUUAACAGUCACUGACACACAGAGUGAGAUCCAGGGAUCGCCUCCUUGUAAAGUGUGGGCGGGGUAAAGCUCUGAUGGGAAGACUCUCUCUCACAUGCCUUGAAUUCCCACAGCAGUUGUUUUCAGCCAUGCGAGGGGAUCAGCCGUUCUAUUUUGCGGGCAUGCCUGUGUGUUGGAGACUCCUACUGUUGGUUUGUGUCUGCAUUGUGCUUCCAGCUCAGGGGCAAGGAGCUCUAGUUGUUUCUCACAGAGAUGCUCUCGUUGAGGUAAUGCAAAUGUUCAUUGUACUGCAUUUACAACCAAACAGUGUGUUCCUUUUCGAAGAAUGAGGAUGGGAACUGUGAUUCUCCCAAAACACACAUUGCUAUGAAAACCAGGGCACUUUUCAAGAGCAAAAAAAUUGGACCUUUAAUUUAUUAGACAACUAUAGCAAAUGACAUUGUGUGGCAAGCAUCUGAAAACAUCCUGUAAAGAGAAAAGUUAAAGAUUUGUGUAAAAACUAUAAACUUGUUUGUCUUUGUGUCUCUGUGGGUCAAGAUGUCUGUGUAGAGUCUCAGGCAACCAGGUGAUGGUAAUCCACAAAGAUUAAAUUGAGGCAACUGGA